UUGGCCACAGGCAGGGCCAUCAGCCUCCAGAUCUGGUACUAGACCAGGUUACCCAGGGCCCCAUCCAACCUAGUCUUGAACACCUCCAGGGAUGGGGCAUCCACAGCCUCUCUGGGCAGCCAGGGUGGGGCCGGGGCACCUGUGACAUCACAGGAGAUGACUCACAAUGAGGGGAGGGUAUCAAUGCCAUCAGCAGGCAGUGCUGGUGCACUUUGGCCCGGGCCAGCGACCAUGAAUUUGGCGUUUGUCCUCGCCUUCCUUCUGCGCCUUGUGCGCGGCGUUGGUGAACCGUUGGACGCGGACACGCUCGUCCGCAUGCAGCAGCGCCAGGUGUUUCUGCGAGAGCAGAUGACAUGGCAGCUGCAGGAGAUAGAGCAGCUGAACCAGAAGCUGACUGAUGUGCCAGCCCUGCCCUCCACUGACGUGCCAGUCCUGCCCUCCACUGCUCUGCCACCCUGGCUGUUUGGGGGCUUGGCUCCAGCACUCGUCUUGCUCUUGCUGCUCAUCAGACUGCUCGUGAAAAUAAGACGUCUCAGGAAAGUCCAAGCCGGAAGGAAGAAGGAGGAGGUGCAGGUUGCCAAGGAAGGGGAGGAAGACUCCGGUGAUGUUUCAUUUUUGAGCUGGAAGCCCACGUACAGGUCGGUGCACGAGCUGGUGGACGAACUCCUCAGUGUCUGCCAGGCAUUUCCAAGGAGUUACUUCAUGCCGCGGCUGCAGAUGCCGAGAGGGGUGAGCAUGGCCUUCGAAGGCAACAGUCUCGCUGAUGGGAACAUCGUCUACCGCCUGCUCGUGCCCCUGGGGCCACCCCCUGCACACACCUUCCACCUGGAACAGGACCCUGAAGGGGAGAGUGGGGCAAGGAACUCCCGCAUCCGCGUGCAGCUGCACUGCACGUGCGCACGGGAGCAGCCGGUGGGAGACAUGCCAUGCUUCCUCCACGACCGUAAGAGGAAGCUGUGGAGAGAGCGGAUGCCCAGCCUCCUACCCACCCUCUGCACCGACUCCUACCUAGACCUGCAGAAAACUGCAGCCUGGUUCCAGGAGCUGGUGACAGAAGCCUGGGCCGUUAUGCCUCAGUCAUCCGCAAUCCGGCUAGAGGUGCUGCCCUCUACUUGCUUCUCCAAACUCAGGCUGACCACCGCCUCCUCCAGGGUCUUCUGCAUUGAGCUCGUGCUCGCGGCACCACAAGGUGACUCGGGCUCCUUCCUCACCCUCGAGUAGGCAGGGGCCGUUGUUAGGAGCAGCAUGAGCUGGCCGCGGAGAUGCGCUGCAGCACAGACGCAGUCCUUCAAGACGCGGCCAGGCACGUCCGGCACAACAGUUCCCACCUCAAACAUCUGCAGCUCCACAUCCAUGACCUGGAGGGCACCAGCUUUGCCACCCAUGCCUUGAAGACAUCCGUCAUGCACCUCCUCACCACCCUUCUGGGCAAGCCGGCACAGGACACAUUUCCAGGCCCGCAGGCUGGGAUUCAGCCUGUGGUGGCUACGACGGGACUGAGACACCCGACUUGGCACGUGCUGCAGAGUUGGGCAAGCUGGACACAGAGAAGACGUCACUCUGUAGGCAGCUGGAAUUGCUCCAGCACGCUUUCUCCGGCGUAAAACCACACCUGGGGGAGCCGCAUCCCAUGCCGACAAAGAGGCUGCCGCAUGGACACCUGAAGAGACUCCUGUUGCCAGCGGGGCAGGGACCACUCGGAUUCCCCGAGAGCGUCCAUUUGCUCCGGGAGCUGCGGCCUCUACAGGAACACCAAUAAAUGGCUUUUUUGAAGAAA